AAGAGCACCAGCUUGUAGCCUGAUCGACCCGCUCCGUGAUGUACGGCGUGUGCGCUGGGCGACAGAUGUUUACUUGUGCCCUGCGCUGACCCUUUUCACUCGUACACUUGCAUCGCGAUCGAUCUAACUGGGCAAACGGUCAUCGUUUGUCAAGAACAUGUGGGCACCGCGAUGCGUCUUCUGAAGCGCUUGCCGAGCGGCGCGUUCGAGCUAGUGUCGUUCAGCGACAACGACGCUCCUCCGUAUGCUAUCCUCUCACACACCUGGACCGAGGGCCAAGAAGUCACGUACAAUGAGCUGGUGGCCGGUACAGGCAAAGACAAGACUGGCUACGCCAAGAUCUGCUUCUGCGGUGAACAAGCUGCAGCAGACGGCCUCGAGUACUUCUGGGUCGAUACCUGCUGCAUCGACAAGUCUACCAGCGAUGAGCUCAGUACAGCGAUCAACUCCAUGUUCCGCUGGUACCAGCGUGCAUCCAAUUGCUACGUAUAUCUGUCGGACGUCUCGGUGCCGGACGAGAUCAUCGAUACUGAAGCCUUCCGGAUAGCGUGGCAGGAAGCCUUUCGACGGAGCCGAUGGUUCACACGAGGCUGGACGUUGCAAGAGCUCCUGGCGCCACCCAGCAUCGAGUUUUUCUGCAAACAGGGCAAGCGGCUGGGUAGUAGGGUGUCUUUGGAGCAGGAGAUCCACGAGAUCACCAGAAUCCCUGUCACGGCCCUGCGCAGACAAAGCCUCAACGAGUUCAGCAUCGAGGAUCGAAUGAGCUGGGCAGCCACACGCUCGACAACACGGGAGGAGGACAAAGUGUAUUGUCUGUUGGGCAUUUUUGGUGUGUUUCUGUCGCUCAUAUACGGAGAAGGAGAAGCAUACGCCACCCUACGGCUGAGAGAAGAGAUACGGAAGCGGCAGGAGGGCCGCGGAACUGGCAGCUCGCAGAACCUGCCCGUCUUCUCGUCGCUGCCUUUCCCCAGGAAUGAACAUUUUGUCGGACGAACGGACGAGCUCCGAUCUCUCGAACAGCACCUCCUCAUCUCCAACACGCAUCGGCGUAUGACAAUAUAUGGAUUGGGAGGGUGCGGGAAGUCAGCGCUUGCCAUCGAGUUUGCAUAUCGCACUUUGGCAACACAUGCUAGACUGGUUCUCUGGGUGCCUGCAAUCAGCCAGGAGAGCUUCGAGCUUGCAUACCGCGAGAUUGGGGGACGCCUCCGUAUACCAGGCAUCAGUGAUGACAACGCGGAUGUCAAGAGGCUUGUUCAGGAAACUUUAAACUCAGAGCGCGUGGACAAUUGGCUGAUGAUCGUCGAUAACGCUGAUGAUCAUGAGGUGCUCUUAGGUACCACGAACAGUAAUUCGAAACCAGCUCGACUGAAUGACUAUCUCCCACGCAGCGACAGAGGCGCGAUCCUUUUCACUACUCGGAGCAGGAAGGUAGCUGGAGCUCUGACGCAGAGCAGUGUCCUAGGGCUGACCGACAUGGGCAAAGCUGAAGCCAGGCAGUUGUUAGCGCUGCGGCUGACGCAGCAGUCAUUGUUUGACGGCGAGACUGCUUUUGACGAACUGCUUGAGGCGCUCACAUAUCUGCCGCUCGCUAUCGUGCAAGCAGCCGCUUUCAUGAACAAUAACGACGUGUCAGUAAGCAGCUACGUAUCAUUAUUCCGACAGACUGGUGCAGAGGCCGAGCUCUUCAACCAGCACUUCUAUGACCCCAGCAGAUACGAAGGACUGGACAGCACAAUCGCAAAGACCUGGCAUAUCUCUUUCGAGCAGAUACUCAAGGAAGACCCCCUUGCCGCGGAAUACCUCUCGUUCAUGGCGUGUAUAGACCGUGUCAAUAUCCCGCAGUCACUACUGCCUUCCGGGAAGUCUUUGGUGCAGCAAACGAAAGCGUUGGGAACACUUAGAGGGUAUGCAUUCAUCGCAGAGCGCCUACAAACGAUACAAGAAUCAGAUGGAGACAAGUUCUUCGAUAUGCACCGACUGGUCUAUAAGGCGUCUGUCCGGUGGCUUGACAGACACAAUGAGCGUACAACCUGGGUGGACGCAGCGGUAGCGCGGCUCGAAGAGCUAGUGCCAUAUGGCGGGCAUGAAAACAAGGAGGUGUGGACGAUGUACUUGUCACACGCAAUCCAUGUGGCUGGAAUCCAUGGUAUAGUGGGCAAAGCAGCCAGCGCUUCGCUUUUAGAUCGCGUAGGGCGGUGUCAAGCAAGCCUCGGGCAAUAUUCGGCAGCAGAGACAACACACCAACAGGUGUUGUCGAUCAGAGAGAAGGUGUUUGGGCUUGAGCAUCCAGACACGCUGACGAGUAUGAGCAACGUAGCAGGAGCACUCAGCGGUCAGGGAAAGUACGCUGAGGCAGAGAGGAUGCAUCGCGAGACGCUCGGGCUAAGAAAGAAGGUGUUGGGAAACGAGCAUCCACACACGCUGACGAGCAUGAACAACGUAGCGCUAGCACUUAGCGAUCAGGGAAAGUACGCUGAGGCAGAGAAGAUGCAUCGCGAGACGCUCGGGCUGAGGAAGAAGGUGUCGGGAAACGAGCAUCCAGACACGCUGACGAGCAUGAACAAUGUAGCGCUCGCACUUAGCGAUCAAGGAAAGUACGUGGAGGCAGAGAAGAUGCAUCGCGAGGAGCUAAGGCUAAGCAAGAAGGUGUUGGGAGACGAGCAUCCAGACACGCUGAUGAGCAUGAGCAACGUAGCGGCAGUACUCAGCCGUCAGGGAAAGUAUGCUGAGGCAGAGAAGAUGCAUCGCGAGACGCUCAGGCUGAGGAAGAAGGUGUCGGGAGAUGAGCACCCAGACACGCUGACGAGCAUGAGCAACGUAGCAGGAGCACUCAGCGAUCAGGGAAAGUACGCUGAGGCAGAGAAGAUGCAUCGCGAGACGCUCGGGCUGAGGAAGAACGUGUUAGGAGAGGAGCACCCACACACGCUGACGAGCAUGAGCCACGUAGCGGCAGCACUCAGCGGUCAGGGAAAGUACGCUGAGGCAGAGAAGAUGCAUCGCGAAACACUGGAGCUGAGAAAGAAGGUGUCAGGAGAGGACCAUCCACACACGCUGACGAGCAUGAGCAACGUAGCGGCAGCACUCAGCGAUCAGGGAAAGUACGCUGAGGCAGAGAAAAUGCAUUGCGAGACGUUCGGGCUGAGGAAGAAGGUGUUAGGAGAGGAGCACCCAGACACGCUGAUGAGCAUGUACAGCCUUGCUCACCUUCUUACAAAACAGCUCCGCUACGAUGACUCUCGCUUUCUGUAUGAACAAGCAUGCGCUGCGUACAACACCGUUCUUGGAGAGGAUCACCCGACAGCCCGCGCUUGUCACCAACACUAUCGCCAGAUGCUAGCGUUGCAAGAGCAAAACUGGAUCUCUGUUUGUUCUGGAAGGCCGGAAAGUAGUGCAGACGGGCGCACAAACAAGAGGCGAAGAUUGGUAUGAGAGGAACAAAGGUUCCACACGGAUCGAGGGAGCGUCACUUGGCUUGCGAUGAGAAUCGCACGCCUUUGCCUGCGUGAACACCACAUACUGUGGCUGCAGUUGUCGACACUGGAUGUUCUUUAAUUACAUGGAUGUCCGCCUCGCCCCCAGUCCAUGGGCCCAUGGUG